ACAAUUUGGUACUAUUUUAUACUACACACACACACACAUACAGUGUCUGCCAUUUGUUUUCAAACAUCAAACACACAAACAGUUUAACAGAUCUCCCGAUAAAUAUUGUUUGUUUUUUGGUGACCAGUUUUUUUCCGAGAACCCCCGAUAAAUACAAAAAGGAUGGCACUGUUUGCCCGUUCAAUGCCCAGCGGCCUAUUGGCGGCCAGUCGUGAACUGACCAAAGCUAUUGUUCGGCAAUCGCACGAACAGGUCGUCUAUAAGGGACAGAACAUACCGUUCAAUGUGGCCAACUAUCGGGCGUUUGCCGUCAAAAUGACACUGUUUUUGGCCGUACCGUUUGCCGUACCGUUUAUUAUUGUCCGCUAUCAGCUCAAGAAAUCUAGCGGCCAAUACUGAUUUGGACGGCUACGGGUUGAUUGAUUGAUUGGUUGGUUGGCACCCGAUAUAUGGCCACUAAUUUUUGUUGAUUAGGAGUAUAAACUCAUUACCGAUUUGUUUUUAGAUAUAUAUAGAGAUAUGAUUUAAAUAAUUGAUUAUUUUUUUUUAAUAAUUAUAUUAUAUAUGAUUAGUUAAUUAAUAGUAAUUAAUUAGUUUAUUAAUUAAUUACUAUUAAAUAUUUGAUGAUUUUUUUUGCAAAUUAUAAUCUCAAUGAUCUGAUUAUUAUUAUUAUUGUU